GCGCUACAUUGGCGCGUCAGGUUACGCACUGUGACGCUCAUAAAUCCCGGCAGGCGCACUGGGGAGCGUCCCCGGAAUUAACGGAGGAGAAAGAAAGAGAGAGAGAGAGAGAGAGAGAGAGAGAGAGAGAUAACGGAUCCGCUGACUUUAAACGUUUCCCGAUACAAACAGCUGCUGCUUCCCGCGGGGCUGCAACACCCGAGUGACCGGAGGAAGGGGACUGCUCUCCCGCAAAAAGCGCCCGUCUUCACAGAUGUGGGGUCUCUCCAUCGAUGGCCUCCUCCAGGUGACCUCCAGUGACCUCAGUCACUCCUGACUGCAGCUUUCAACUCCUGAUCCACCAGAAGACGUCUGCAAGAUGCAGUGUGAGGAGGGGACAGAGUGGCUGCUGGAGUUGCUGACUGAUGUGCAGUUGCAGCAGUACUUCCUGCGGAUCCGUGAUGAGCUCAACGUCACACGGCUCUCGCACUUUGACUACGUCAAGAAUGAAGACCUGGAGAAGAUCGGCAUGGGACGCCCGGGUCAGAGGAGGCUUUGGGAGGCAGUCAAGAGGAGGAGAGCCCUUUAUAAACGCAAGUCCUGGAUGAGCAAGGUGUUUCCAGUGAAACGACCCGACGCAGACGCCCAAGGGGUAUCGACCCUCCCUCAGGGGGCAUCGUCGAGCACGCCACCAGCCACUAGCGAGGCGGGUGCCUCACUCACCUGCCUGAUCAGAGAGUCGGAGCUGCAGCUGUUCGAGCGGCUCGGUGACGGCACGUUCGGUGUGGUGCGGAGAGGAGAGUGGACCGGACCCAACGGCGGAGUGCUGUCAGUGGCUGUGAAGUGUCUGAAGGCAAGCGUGUUAGACUCAGACGGUCUGGACGAUUUCAUCAGAGAGGUGAAUGCCAUGCAUUCACUGAGCCACCAGAACCUCAUCCGCCUGUACGGCAUCGUCCUCACACAGCCCAUGAAGAUGGUGGUUGAACUGGCCCCUCUGGGUUCCCUGUUGGAUCGUCUGAGAAAGCGUCAGGGUCACAUUCUCAUCUCCUCUCUGUGUAACUACGCUGUGCAGGUGGCGUGCGGCAUGGCCUACCUGGAGCAGAAGCGUUUCCUCCACAGGGAUCUGGCUGCCCGCAAUGUGCUGCUGUCCACCAAUGACACGGUGAAGAUCGGAGACUUUGGCCUGAUGAGGGCGCUGCCAACACACACCGACCAGUACAUCAUGGAGGAGGGCCACAAAAUCCCUUUCCCAUGGUGUGCUCCGGAGUCUCUGAAGUCUCGUACUUUUUCUCACGCGUCUGAUACCUGGAUGUUUGGGGUCACUCUGUGGGAGAUGUUCACCCAUGGACAGGAGCCUUGGCUGGGCCUUAAUGGGAGUCAGAUCCUCCACAAGGUUGACGUGGAGGCCGAGAGGUUGUGCAAACCAGACGACUGUCCUCAGGAUAUUUAUAACGUCAUGCUGCAGUGCUGGAGCCCCAAACCGGAGGACAGACCGACCUUCGUCGCCCUCAGAGACUUCCUGCUCGAGACUAUGCCUACAGAUAUGAGAGCGCUGCAGGACUUUGAGGAGGAAGACAAGCUCCAGAUUAAAAUGAACGACGUCAUCACCAUCAUAGAGGGAAGGGCAGAGCACUACUGGUGGCGAGGUCAGAACAGGGGGACGCUGCGUGUCGGUCAGUUUCCUCGACACGUGGUGACGUCGGUCGCCGGUCUGUCCGCCCACGACAUCAGCCGACCGCUCAAACACUCCUUUAUCCACACUGGACACGGAGACACAGACCCUCACAGAAGCUGGGGACAUGCAGAUCGUAUAGACAGUCUGUAUUUGGGAAACCCCAUGGACCCUCCUGAUGUCCUUGGAAUGGACUCGGGCAUUGCGAGGCCGACCAAACUCCCCAACCGUUCCAAGAAGCAACCUCCUCCUCGUCCACCCCAACCUGCCGUUCUGCUGAAGAAGCCGUUCUACGACUCUGUGAUGGACGAUUACGACGACGAUGACGACACCAGCGCUUCGUCUGGGCUGAAGAGGCUGGGAGUGUCCCUGGGUCUGAAGCUCCGGCCGUGGGAGGGGUCCGGCGUGCGCUCGGCCAAAAGCGAGGUCUCGCUCAUCGACUUCACUGAUGACAGCUUCAGCUCGACCACGCCCUCGCCGCUCACUGAGACGAGGCAGCCAGAUGAGGACACACUGAGGGACACUCCAUCCAUCCUGGACUGGCCUCUCCCUCAGCCAGCUUACGACGAGGUUACUACUGACCUUGACGACCAAUCAGAGGACCAGGAGGUGCGGUCUAUCAACAGGGGAUUGAACGAAGAGACGACCACGCCCAGCGGCGCCAUGGCAGGCAGGAGUGAGUCGCAGUCAGCUGACCUCUUCCAAGAACUGCAGCGAGAGGUGAUGGUGAAGCUGCAGGUUCCCAUGGCAACGGGCCGCUCCCUCCCCUCCUCUCCUCUCCCUAUGCCCCUUGCUCCUCUUGGCCCCCACCGACAGAUCUGCCUGCCUCCUCCCUCCCCUUCCUCCACCUCCACCUCCUCCUUCGCCUCCUGUUUCGAGGAUCGACCGGUGCUGCCUCCCCGCAGCCCCGUCCCCCCGCUGCGUCCUUCCAAACACAACCUCUCCUCCCGCACCACCCACCCGCAGGCGCGCUCCAGCUCCAUCUCCCUGGGUGACCAGGAAGACACGCCUCCUCAGAUCCCACCCAGAGACCACGCCUUCUCUCAGCCGGGCUCCCGCUCCUCCUCUCCCCUUCCACUGGUACCGCCGCUAUCCUCCUCCCCUGUGGCCCUGCCUCCUCCUCCCCUCUCCGUCUCCCCACGCCGGGCGUCCGGACUCCUGGGUCCCCUUCUGUCCUCCAACUCGUCUGUGUCCUCCCUGCCUCAAGUCACAUCACAUUCCUCACGGCUCACAGCUCGAGGUUCCUCCUACUCAUCCGGCUCCUUACUGGAGCCUCUCGCCUUUCGUGAGGGGCGUGGCCUUACCUCGCUGAUGGACGGCUCCCAGAGCGCUGCUCCCGCCCCGCUGCCAGACCGACCUGCUUUUCUAGAAAGAUACGGAGCAGCUAAUAUGGCGGCAGUCAAACCCAUGAUCCAGCAGCCCGGCGGAGCCAAACCAAACUCCUCCUACAACAACAACAAUGGGCGAACUGCAGCUCCCAGCAUGCAACAGGAGCAGAGCAUCACACAGGUCCAAGGAGCAGUACACGGUGUCACGCUGGAGGAGUGUCAGGCAGCUCUGCAGGGUCACAAUUGGAGCAUUCCUCAGGCCAUAAAUCAUUUGAAGGUGGAGCAGUUGUUUCGUCUGGGCCUGCGGUCGAGAGCCGAGUGCGAGGAGCUUCUGCAGCGCUGCCAGUGGAACCUGGAAGAGUCCAGCACUCUCAUGCUGGACACAUACGGACCACAUCGAAACAUGAAGUGAAGGUGGGAGGACAUUAACUACUGCAGAGCUCCUGACUUUGGAUCAACAGGCCAAUACAGACCUGCUUGGAUGACUCAUCGCUCAGGGGCCCAGAUACAGUGAUGCUUUUUAAUGAAUGGAGGAACAUAAAGCAGUAUAUAUAUAUAUAUGUGCCUCACUUAAUGAAAUGUGAAUACCUAUUCAUACCAGUGUCAUCAUUAGCUAAAGGAUCAGCUUGUUGAAUGAGUCACACUAUUUACUUGAACACAUGCUAUUUAUGUUUUUUUUAUUAUUAUAUGAAUAAUGAGAAUUUUUGUUUUCCGCUGGUAGCUACUGCAAACUUUUAUUGGGACUAAUUUAGCUGUGAAUGCGCGCAUGUUCAGAUGUGUGCACGCAUUGGCUUACGUUUCUGUGGACUGUAAAUGCCCAUGCCUUGUUGCUGUUAAUGAAGCGAUAUAAAAUCAGGGAAAUGUCAGCUGACGUUUUAGUUGUGCUUGUAUGUUUUUAUGAAAAUGUACAGAUAAGAUGCUGUAUUGUAUAUAGCACUUUAAUGGGUGUGUCGACGCACAAGCGGAUAUUUUUGAGGAUACAUUAACUGCUGGUCAGACGAUAAUAAACAGUUUAUCUAGUUAGAGAAGUAAAUAAGAAACUGAUAUAAGCUGAUAUCGGGUAUUAUUAAUGUAUCAUUUGUGUCUUAAACAAAGCUUUUUAAGCUUUAUAAUGGCGUGAAUUGUGAAAGGGUUGAUGGAUUGAGAUUUUUAGUUUUGUCUUAUUGUAGGCAAUAAGAUGCCAAAACGUAAAUGUGAAAAUAUUGAUCAUCUCCUUAUGAAUACAGGGUAUUAAGGCACUGAGUUCCACAAAUUAGAUAUUAAAUAAACCUAAAAUGGAUGUUUAGUAUUUGUUCCUAUGAAAAUUACUGCUGCAUGAUAAUCAUAAACACUAAUCACCUGAGUAAGUAGGCAACUGCUAUGUGCAAGCGUGUGCAUGUGUGCUUAAAGCAGCAGCUAGUGGUCCUCGAGAACUUCAUAGUGUGUGUGUGUGUGUGCGUGCGCGCAGAUAUUGAUCAUAAAUGUGAUCACCUACUGUAUGGUUAAUUAUAAGCAGCUAAACAGAGAUAGAAAUGGAUAAUACUUUGUAAAUUCUUGCAGCUACUUUGCAAGAUAAGGAGCCAUCAGUUACCGGUCGCUCUCUUCUCCAAGAUACAAUAAAGUCAGAAAUGUCAGUGAAUUUCACAACAAGUGGGCAGAAAUGUUUAAAACACUCAUAUUUCUGUGUGUUUGUGUGUGUGUGUGUGUGUGUGUGUGUGUGUGUGUGUGUGUGUGUGUGUGUGACAUCGUUCCCUCUUAUGCUGAGCUGUAAGCUUCUGUAGUCACACUGCUGUCUGUGACGCUGACUGCAUUAUACAGUAACAUUAGAGCAGCUUAUUAAUGAAAAAUGCAAAGAUGGCCUCCACUGUUUUAUAAUAAAGUAAAAUUUGAGUCGUUCUCUUUUCAAAA